AAUAUAUUUAAAAGUUUUCUAUCGUCGUUGCUAUUUCCUUCUUGCACGCCACAACGAAUCGAGCAUCGCGCUUCUCAUCUCCUGUCUAUAUUUGGAUCCCGUUAAAUAUUCAUUUAUCAAUCGUUGCGCGCAAUUCAAUACCAUCGGCGACUUAAUUGCCGCACCAGCGGAUCAUUUGGAACGGGGACAUGUACGUGCUCAUUCAUGGACUUCGCGUGUGCAACUUUUGAAAGAGGAACAUUCGGUACGGCUCGAUUAAGGUGCGCUGAGGGCACGUUUCGCGUGCACAAUAUAUACGGUGAUGGGAAUUGCAUGUUUCGAGCGAUCAGUUAUAUUUUAUGGCGAAACGAAGAUGAACAUCGAUACCUUCGUGCAAUGGUCGUCCAACACAUCAAGGACAACUGGUAUGAGUACGGACCGUUCGUGAUGGCGGAAUGGAACAUAUCGGAUCGUCAAAGGUACUGCGAUUACAUGGGCAUGGUUGGCACAUUCGCCUGCGAGUUGGAGUGCACAGUAGCCACGAAAAUGUAUUACAUGAAUCUGUCGAUCUAUCGGGAGAUCAGAAAUCGGUAUGAACUCAAGCGAGUGUUUCACAACCACGUGAGCUCUCAGUACGAAACCGCGAGGCUCCUGUUCACGGGAAACUCGGACAGUGGCCAUUACGACGUUCUAAUUCCUGAUUGAACUAACAAUAAGUACGCACAGCCGACCCCAACGAGCCGAGAUCGUUCAAUAAGAUCUCUAUCCGACUGUUUUUUCGCAACCUCGGUUGUUUCAUUAAUAAAUUGUGCUGUUUUUCUGUAGAUGUGUUCUUUUCACGUGUACCGACCAAUUUUAGACUGCAUACCGACAGUUUUCCUUUAUUAUCAUUUCCAAUUUGUAGUCUUCGAUCAACUGAGCAAGUUUA